AUGUCAAAAUGGCUCGAAUGUAGGUUACGGGUAUUAUGUAAAGUGACGACACAGAGGGACGAGAGCGGCAACAACCGCGCAGCGGCGCGCUUCUUACGUUCUUCGAAAAGCAAGUCUUCGUCGCUGCACGGUCGGGCCGAGGGUAGAAAAACACAACACUAUACACAAGUACACCGGCGACGCGGCGUUCUGAGCUUACGAGAUUUCACCGGGUCGUGUCUGUCAGAACGUCGCAUCGUUUGGUGUCAAAGCGCUACGUACCGGCACGGUGCGUCAGGCGUCGAGAAGGCGGCGCGGGAGACGCGUGUUGGCGGUGAACGCGGGACACGGAGUGACCUGACGCCUUCAGUCGGCGCGAGCGCACCCCACGUCGCGCUUCGCCCCACCACCUGA